GUUCCGUUUCCGGCAGCACCAGAUAAGUCGCGAGAGGAAGCUUAAAUCCUGUCGUUUGUGUGUAGGACCACUUUCGGUUCAUCAUGGUCCGUAGUGGAAAAAAUGGUGACCUUCAUCUUAAACAGAUUGCAUAUUAUAAACGAACUGGUGAAUAUCAUCCAACUACACUACCAAGUGAAAGAAGUGGCAUAAGAAGAGCAGCAAAAAAAUUUAUCUUCAAAGAAAAAAAGCUCUUUUAUGUUGGAAAAGACAGAAAACAAAACCGUUUGGUAAUUGUUUCAGAAGAAGAAAAAAAGAAAGUCCUAAGAGAAUGCCAUGAAAAUGACACUGGAGCUCAUCAUGGCAUAUCCAGAACCCUUACUCUAGUGGAAUCCAAUUAUUAUUGGACUUCUGUGACCAAUGAUGUCAAACAGUGGGUAUAUGCUUGUCAGCAUUGCCAAGUGGCAAAAAAUACAGUUAUUCUAGCACCGAAACAGCACCUUCUGAAGGUGGAAAAUCCAUGGAGUAUAGUUACUGUUGAUCUGAUGGGCCCAUUUCAUGCAAGCAACAGAAGUCAUGUUUAUACUAUAAUCAUGACAGAUUUGUUCACAAAAUGGGUUGUGAUUUUGCCUCUCUGUGAUGUUUCAGCAUCAGAAAUUUCUAAAGCUAUUAUCAAUAUAUUUUUCUUAUAUGGACCGCCUCAGAAAAUAAUAAUGGACCAAAGAGAAGAGUUCAUUCAUGAGAUCAAUGUUGAACUGUGUGGAUUGUUCGGCACAAAGCAAAUUGUAAUUUCUCAUACCUCCCAAACCAUGAAUCCGACUGAAAGUACACCUAGCACAAUCAAAGCAUUUCUUUCUAAACACUGUGCUGACCACCCAAACAACUGGGAUGAUCACCUAUCAGCCAUUUCAUUUGCGUUUAAUGUAACUCACUUGGAGCCUCCUAAAAAUACACCAUAUUUUCAAAUGUUUAAUCGCAAUCCUUAUAUGCCUGAGACUUCAGAUGCUCUUCAUGAAGUGGAUGGUGAUGAUACAAGUAUGUUUGCCAAAAUUCUAGGUGCAAUUAAAGAAGCUGAUAAAAUAACGGAGAAUAAGACAACUUCAGCAAGACAGUUGGAGAACAGCAAUCCUGAUGAACUAAAUAAAAGCAAGAUCAUUGUUAAAAAGAAACCAAAGCAAUUAAAUCCAUUUCAUUUGAAAGUGGGUCAUGAAGUUUUAAGACAAAGGAAAAAUUGGUGGAAGGAUGGUCGGUUCCAGUCUGAAUGGGUUGGUCCUUGUGUCAUAGACUAUAUUACAGAAAGUGGAUGUGCUGUUCUGAGAGACAACACUGGGACUAGACUUAAAAGACCUAUCAAAAUGUCCCAUCUUAAGCCCUAUAUAAGAGAGUCCAGUGAACAAGACAGUCUUUAUCUCUUACAAGGUUCAGUUGUGGCGGAUCACGACUACAUUGGAUUGCCUGAAAUUCCAGUUGGAGCAUACCAAGCAAAUAUUCUGGUAGAAGAUGCAACUAUUGGCGUAGUUGAUAAUGAAUUACUCACAUCAAGCAAAGAUCGUGAACUGUUAGAGUUUAGAAAUGCCAAAAUCUCUCCAUUGAUAGAAGAUCAUAGUACUCUUGAAAAGCAGACUUUCAGUCUGUUGGACUCUUCAAACCAAGUCCUUGAGUACUUAAGUUAGUAAAUAUCAAAACUCAUGUAAAGUGAUUGUUUAAGAAGUAUAACUCCUUGAAUCUUUAUCUUUUCCACUUAAAAAAAGUUGUAUAGAAGUGUCUUGCCAUUAUCUGAAUGACUAAAUCCUGAAGGUUUAUUUUAUAACUGUUAAUUUAUCUAAACUUGUGUCAUGUUUAAGUGUCAGUACAUAUAUAUAAAGGCAAAGGAAGCAUAUAAUAUAUGAAACCCACUUUCUCUUAUGAGAAUAGAAUAAGCAAAGUAUGAUUGCUUCUUACGAAGGAAACUAAAUUCCAGCUCAAGACUGUCAGAUCUUUCUCUGGUGUUGGUACCAUGUUUUCAGUUUACAGUUUUUUUUGGAUUAUUUCUCCCCUUUAAAAAACAAGUUUGAACUACCUAGAAUGGGCUUAAUAAAUAUU